AUGACGGUGGCCAUGGCUAUGGCUUCUCCCAAUAUCCGAAGAUCCUUAUCAGAAAUCCCAUCUCAGAUUCUUGCAACAAUCUCCUCCAUAACCUCUCUUCUCCAAAUCCUAAACCCACAACACCCAAAUCAUCCUCUCAAUCCAAAUCCUUCCAUCCUCAAUCACUUCUCCCCUCACAUAAACCGCCAUUUCGUUAUUCGAGUUAUACAAAACCAGCAAAACCCUUAUCAUGCCCUCUUCUUCUUCAACUGGGCUUCAAACCCUAACCCUAAUCCCACCAAUUACUCACACACCCAUUUCUCUUACAUUGCCAUCACUGACCUCCUUAUUUCUCGAAACUUGUUCUCUCUAGCAACUGAAUUACUCGAAUCCAACAACAAGUUAUCGGAUUUCAUGGUGGGUAGGCUCAUAAAAGCUCACGGAGAUCUGGGUCAUAUUCGUUGGGCUCUACAUUUAUUUGAUCGCGUCAGAACUAGGUAUUCAGGUCGUUGUUUGUUCUCUUAUAAUGCAAUCUUGGGUGUAUUAGUGAGAGGAAAUCGAGUGGAUUUGGCAGAGAUUUUUUUUGAUGAGAUGAUGAGCCAAGGUAUUGUUAAGCCAGAUGUUUCCACCUGUACUGUAAUGAUUAAAGGUUUCUGUAAAAUUGGUAUGAUUGAGAAAGCACAGAAGCUGUUCGACGAAAUGCCUGUGAGGCCUAAUUUGCUUACUUACAACACUAUCGUUAACGGAUUGUGUAAGAAGGGUUUAAUGGAGGCAGCUCUAGAAGUUGUUGAGAGGAUGAAAGAAACCCAGGAUUGCUUGCCAGAUACAGUGACAUACACGAUCUUAAUUGAUGGGUAUUGUAAAAUAAAAGAUUUGGAAGAUGCACAGAAAUGUUUUGAUGUAAUGGUGAGCAGAAAUCUUGAACCUAAUGAACUAACAUAUAACACAUUGAUCAAUGGCUUUUGCGUGUGUGGAGACGUUGAUGGUGCAAAAAGAAUGAUGACAAAGAUGAGAUUAAAUGGUUUAAAGGACACAAUCACCACGCAUACAAGUUUAUUAAGGGGAUACUGCAUAGCCGGGAGAUCAGAUGAAGCAUUCCAACAUUUCAAGGACCUAAUCGGUCGUCGUGGAAUGAAACCCGACGCAAAAUCUUACCAAGUUUUAGUGAACGAAUUCUGUAAACUACACAAACCGUACGAUGCAAUUGAUCUUUUGAGAGAAAUGAAAGGAUAUGGGAUUCGUCCUCCUGUUUCCAGUUUCAACAAAGUGUUUAGAGUUCUUGUGGAGCUAGAUCAGGCAGAUAGAGCUACUGUUGUUCUUAACCAGAUGGCUCAAAUGGGUUGUAAGCCAAACUUCUUAUCCUACAAUGCUGUGAUUUGUGGUAUUGUUAGAAGUAAAGGCAGAAUGAAGGUGGUUGAAGGGCUUUUGAAAGAAAUGGUGAGAAAUGGUUUGGAACCAGAUGCUACUAUGUAUAGUUGUUUGGUGCAAGGAUAUUGGGAUGAUGGAAAUGAGGAAAUGGCAAAGCAGGUGUCUCAAGAAAUGAUGGAUAAGGGUUUUGUGUUGAAGAAAUUAGUGAAUGUAUGA